GUGUGACGCGCCGAGCGGCGCCGGUGCGUGUGGAGGAGUUUGACGUGGCACUCUCCAGCAGCAGGGACCCGGACAGAGGAGAAGAGCGCACCCAUCGCCUUUAUUCCAGGUUGCCUGUAGUGGUUCUUCGUGGCAUGAGGAGACAGUGAAAGCCAUCCCUAAGCAACAUGAGUCAACAGGGUUAUGUAGCUGCGCCGCCGUACUCCCAGGCCCAGCCUGGGGCCAUGGGCUAUGGGCCGGGCCCCAACCAGCACACUUAUGGGCACUAUGGGGGCCAGCAACAGGCCUUCUCUCCACCACCACCAGGUGGGAUGAAGUCGCCAGGGUCAAGCCCAGGUGGACCGCCCCCACCGGCACAAAGCCAUUACAAUCCCAACGCCCAGCAGAACGGCUCGCACGCACCGAGUUUCCCAGGUGCCCCAGCUUCCUCGGCGGGCUACGGUGCUCCCCCCCAGACCCAGUACCCUGGCAUGGGCCAGCAGGCUCCGCCUCCCGCAAAGCAGCUCACCAAUCAGAUGGGCGCUAUGAACCUUGGGAACUACGCCCCAGGUCCUAUGCAGAGCCCGCCUCAGGCCAGCCCCGCAGCACCACAGCCGUUCCAGCCCACGUCUCAGCCAGGGAUGGGCCCCCAGAUGUCCCCCCACCCGUCGACCCCGGGAGGCAUGCCAAUGACCGGUCCUCCAAUGGCAGGCCACCAAAUGUCUGGUCCACCAAUGGGAGGAUCCCAAAUGUCUGGGCCUCCAAUGGGCGGCCCCCAAAUGCCUUGUCCACCAAUGGGCGGCCCCCAAAUGCCUGGUCCACCAAUGGGAGGAUCCCAAAUGACUGGUCCACCAAUGGCAGGCCAACAAAUGUCUGGUCCACCAAUGGCAGGCCAACAAAUGUCUGGUCCUCCAAUGGGUGGUGCCCAAAUGUCUGGGCCUCCAAUGGGAGGACACCAAAUGGCUGGUCCACCAAUGGCAGGCCAACAAAUGUCUGGUCCACCAAUGGCAGGCCAACAAAUGUCUGGUCCACCAAUGGCAGGGAUGGGCGGGCCCUACGCCGGUCCACCUGGCCCAGGAGUGGGGGGCUAUCAGCAGCCGGGCCUGGGACCCAAUAGUCCGUCGGGAUACCCCCAGCAGCAAGGCCAGUUCGGGGGCCAAAUGGCUGGGGGCCAGAUGGCAGGGCCCCAGCCAGGAUUCCCGGGUGCCUUCCCAGGAUCAGCGAUGGCCGGCCCGCCUCAGAAGAAGCUGGACCCUGACUCCAUCCCUAGCCCUACCCAGGUCAUCGAGGACGAUCAGGCCAAGCGAGGAGGACAGGUCUACGCUACCAACGUCAGGGGUCAGGUUCCCCCCUUGGUCACCACCGACUUCACAGUCCAGGACCAAGGUAACGCCAGCCCCCGGUUCAUGCGCUGCACCACCUACACCCUCCCCUGCACCGCCGAGCUGGCCAAACAGUGCCAGGUGCCGCUGGCCACCAUCAUCAAACCCUUCGCCGUCGUGCCAAAGAACGAGACACCUCUUUAUCUAGUGAACCACGGCGAGACCGGGCCCAUCAGGUGCAACCGGUGCAAGGCCUACAUGUGUCCCUACAUGCAGUUCAUCGACGGAGGCCGCCGCUUCCAGUGUGCCUUCUGCAACUGCGUCAACGAAGUGCCCGUGUUCUACUUCCAACACCUGGACCACAUGGGCCGACGGAUGGACUUCUACGAGAGGCCAGAGCUGUCGCUGGGCUCCUACGAGUUCUCAGCCACCCUGGACUACUGCAAGAACAAUAAGCCAGCCAGCGCCCCCGCCUACAUCUUCAUGAUCGACGUGUCCUUCACCAACAUCAAGAGCGGUCUGGUCCGACUGCUGUGUGACGAACUCAAGACUCUGCUGGACAACCUGCCUAGAGAGGAGGGAGCGGAGAGCUCGGCCAUCAAGGUGGGCUUCGUCACCUACAACAAGAUCCUCCAUUUCUACAACGUGAAGAGCGCCCUGGCCCAGCCCCAGAUGAUGGUGGUCUCGGACACGGCUGAGAUGUUCGUGCCCCUCCUGGACGGCUUCCUCGUCAGCUACGCAGAGUCCCGAGCCGUCAUCCACAACCUGUUGGAUCAGAUCCCGGACAUGUUCGCGGACACCAACGAGAGUGAGACGGUCUUCGCCCCCGUCAUCCAGGCCGGUGUGGAGGCGCUGAAGGCGGCUGAGUGCAGCGGAAAGCUCUUCAUCUUCCACGCCUCCAUCCCGACCGCUGAGGCACCUGGGAAGUUGAAGAACCGAGACGAUAAGAAGCUGGUCAGCACGGACAAGGAGAAGACGCUGUUCCACCCGGUGAAGGGCGUGUACGAGCAGCUGUCCAAGGACUGUGUAGCUCAGGGCUGCAGCGUGGACCUCUUCCUGUUCCCCAGCCAGUACCUGGACAUCGCCACCAUGGGGGAUGUGCCCGCGCACACCGGGGGCGCCGUCUACAAGUACAGCAACUUCCAGGUGGAGACCGACGGGGAACACUUCUUGAGGGACCUGAGGAAGGAUGUGGAGAAGCCCAUCGGGUUUGACGCCAUCAUGCGCGUCCGCACCAGCACAGGCUUCCGGGCGACGGACUUCUUCGGCGGCGUGUACAUGAACAACACGACGGACGUGGAGCUGGCGGCGGUGGACUGUGACCACGCCAUCACGGUGGAGCUGAAGCACGACGACACACUCAGCGAGGAGACGGGCGCCUUCAUGCAGUGUGCCUUGCUCUACACCACGGUCGGGGGUCAGAGGCGUCUGCGCGUCCACAACCUCAGUCUGAACUGCAGCUCCCAGCUGAUGGAGCUGUUCAAGAGCUGCGAGACGGACUCGCUCAUCAACUUCUUCGCCAAAACAGCCUACCGUGCCAUCCUGAAGCAACCUCUGAAGAGCGUCCGGGAGAUCCUGGUCAACCAGACCGCCCACAUGCUGGCCUGCUACCGCAAGAACUGUGCCAGCCCCUCUGCCGCCAGCCAGCUGAUCCUGCCCGAGACCAUGAAGGUGUUCCCGGUGUACAUGAACAGCCUGAUGAAGACGGCCCCCCUGGUGGGCAGCACGGAGCUGUCCACGGACGACCGCGCCCACCAGCGGCUGGCCGUCAUGGCCAUGGGCGUGGAGGACACCCAGCUGCUGCUGUACCCCCGCCUCAUCCCACUGCACAACAUGGAGCUGGAGGGCGAGGCGGUGCCGUCGCCGCUGCGCUGCUCCGAGGACCGCCUGUCCGACGGCGGAGCCUUCCUGCUGGAGAACGGCCACGCCCUCUUCCUGUGGCUGGGCCAGGCCUGCCCCCCCGAGCUCAUCCAGGGGCUCUUCAACCUGCCCUCGCUCGCUCACCUGCAGCCCAACACGAAUGUGCUGCCAGAGUUGGACAGCCCCCAGUCCAGGAAGGUCCGGGCCAUCGUCAGCAGCCUGAUGCAGCAGAGACCCAACUCCAUGAAGCUGCAGAUCGUGCGAUCCAAGGACAAGCUGGAGGUGCUGUUCCGUCAGUUCCUGGUGGAGGACAAGGGGCUGUACGGCGGCGCCUCCUACAUGGACUUCCUGUGCUACGUCCACCGCGAGAUCAGGACGCUGCUCACCUAACUCCGCCCGCCACCCCCGC